UCGAUGUUUUAUUAACAAGUUUCGGGAGGAUCACGUUCUAAUGAUCAAACAAUCAAGUCAGCCAGCUGUCAGCAAUCAGUAAUCAACUGGUUCACUCAAUCAGCACAAGUAAAGCCUAUAAAAACACACAGUUGACUCACCCUUAUUCCUCGACUGUUCUCAGCAUUUGGUGUACUGCUUUGCAAAAAGAUGUCCCAAAUGCAACUUUCAACAUCCGAUGACGACCUCAACCAUGCUCCGCCGCCAUCAGCUGGCCCCAGGACAACUUCUCCACCUGAUACCGCCUCCGAGCCCCACGUUUCAUCUCGUGGGCGCCGGUCGGUACAAACAACUCCUUGCAUGCCAAGACGCCGGGGCUUACCCUCACCUCCACCGGCGAGGACUCCAGCUUCCUCCCCAGCGUCCUCCUAUCGUUCGGCCGUGCCAACGAUUCCGCCUAUUGAAAAGUGGACAGUCUUGAGUCUAAGACAAGCGCUGAUAAACUCAGAUUUUCAGCCCUCGCGCAGGAUGACUAAAGUGCAACUUUACAACAUGUACGUUACCUUGCAAUCAUCAAACAUCUCUCCUAGAUCCACCCCAGGUUCCAAGGCGGCCAGCAGGCCGGGAAAUUCUCGCGAGGCCCUGAACUCGCCUCGCCCGACUCUGCAACCUUCCCGUACAAGGUCUGGUUUUCCGCGCGCUUCGGCCCGGAGCGCCAGGAUUUCUGCGAGCCUGGGUCGCGCUCCAGAUUCCACCGCCACGAGACAUCACUCGCCUCUCGCUUCACCUCAGCUUUUCAGCACGGCGCUUCCCGCCGCAGCGCCAUUCACAGCUGGGCCCGCCGGCUCACAUUCCGCUUCCCAGUUUUUUCCUCCUGCUGUUUCUAACCCCUUUCCUCUGCAGUGGCCUCCGGCUCCCGUAGCAAACGCUAGCGUGAGGUUGCCUCCGCUAGCGGCAGAGGCUCAAACUUUCCACCAGUUUCCUGCGACUAACCCCUCCCCUUUUCAGUGGCCUGCAGCCCAAGCAAGCGCAAGACCACCUCCGCUUGCAACACAGGCUCAGGCAUCUCAUCCAUUUUCUCCUUUUCCCUCUGGUGCUUAUUUCAAUCUUCCUUCUCAAGCCCCACAGGCCGACCUAAGCGUGAGGCUGCCUCCGCCGACAGUCGCAGCCCAGGCUUCUCUCCCUUACAGCUCUCUUCUAAAUGCCAAAUCACAAUAUUCUCUUUUCACAGCUUCCCCGAUGCCAGUUCCACCAAACGCCGUCGCUCUGGAGCCUCCCCCGGUGACUCAAAACAUCCGAGCACAGAUUAUGGCAGAAAUUCAGGAUGCUGGCUCCAGAGGCGGACGAGCUCCCAACUCCAGUACCUCAUUAUUCGGAAUUAAUAUUCCCAUAACUCACCCGCAAAAAUCCCUCCUCAACAGAUCGCUCGACACCAUUCUCCAAGCUGUUUCCCCCAGAACUCUCCAAUCCUAUGUGACCGCAUGGAGAUGUUUCAAAGCCUUCCACCUUUCUUAUAACACGCCAUUUCCUGAUUUUUCCCUCCUUACAAUAACCUCCUUUAUCUCUUACCUCGACAGUGUCAAAAACCUCCAAGUCGGGUCCAUCAAAAGUUAUUUAAGCGGCAUCCAAUUUUUUCACAAAUUGAUCCACGGCGCCCCCUCUCCGGAAAUAAAUAAUUCACAAACCUCCCUCUUGAUUAAAGGCAUCCAACGAUCCCAGCCCACCCGCCCGGAUACCAGACAACCCAUAACUUUAGAUAUUCUCACUAAAUGCAUUCAGACCCUCCGCACAGGCUACCGAUCCCUCAAUACCUCCCGCACACUCGACGCCAUGUUCAUUCUAGCCUUUUUUGGUUUCCUAAGAUGCUCUGAACUGGCUAUCACUUCCAGAUUUGACCCAAAAAUCCACCCAAACAUCUCAGAUCUCUCAGUGCUCGACAACGAAACAAUCUCGUUUCUGAUUAAACAGAGCAAAACAGACCAAACCAAAAAAGGCCACUUCAUAUAUAUUUUCAACCUCUCGUCACCAAUUCAACCGUUCCAAACUAUAUUAGCCUACCUCCAACUGAGAAACUCUCAUGCAAAAUCCCCUCUCGAACCCUUGUUCAUCGACGAUUCUAACAAACCCGUGACACGCUUUUGGUUCCAAAAACACCUAAAAUCUGUUCUCCAACUUUCAGGCAUCCCAGCAGAGAAUUUCUCCAGUCAUUCCUUCCGCAUUGGAGCAGCAACCUCAGCAGCCCAAAAAGGCCUCUCUCAGCAACAGAUCCAAGCGCUCGGAAGAUGGUCCUCAGACGCGUUCCAAACUUAUAUCAGAACUAAUCGUUUCCAUGUCAAAAAAGCCCACCAAAUCCUCAUUGGUUAAAAAAAAAAAAAAAAAAAAAAAAAAAAAAAAAAACUUUUCGAGUAUCCAUUCCAUGCCUUCUCGUUCUUCAUCCGGCAAAUAUUGAUCUCCCAGCGGACAUAGCGAGAGCCUUCCUGGUCGAGCUUCUAUGUCUUCUCUGUCUCCGUCCAGCAAGUAUUAAUCUCCCAGCGGACCCAGAGACAGCCUUCCCAGUCGAGUAAUUAUAUCUCCUCUUUCUCCGUCCAGCGAGUAUUGAUCUAGCGGACACAGCAAGAGCUUUCCUGGUCGAUUAUUUAUGUCUAUUAUUUCUCCGUCCAGCGAGUAUUGAUCUCCCAGCGGACCCAGUGAUAGCCUUCCCGUUCGAGUAUUUAUACCUCCUCUUUCUCCGUCCAGCGAGUAUUGAUCUCCCAGCGGACACAGCGAGAGCUUUCCCGGUCAAUUAUUUAUAUCUAUUCUUUCUCCGUCCAGCGAGUAUUGAUCUCCCAGCGGACCCAGAGAUAGCCUUCCUGGUCAGGUACGCAUAUCUCCCCUUUCUCCGUCCAGCGAGUAUUGAUCUCCCAGCGGACUCAGCGAGAGCUCCCUUGGUCGAGCAUCUUCAUCUCCUCCUCCAUCCAGCGAGUAUUGAUCUCCCAGCGGACUCAGCAAGAGCUCCCUUGGUCGAGCAUCUUCAUCUCCUCCUCCAUCCAGCGAGUAUUGAUCUCCCAGCGGACUCAGCGAGAGCUCCCUUGGUCGAGCAUCUUCAUCUCCUCCUCCAUCCAGCGAGUAUUGAUCUCCCAGCGGACUCAGCGAGAGCUCCCUUGGUCGAGCAUCUUCAUCUCCUCCUCCAUCCAGCGAGUAUUGACCUCCCAGUGGACAUAGCCUAACCCUCCCAGUAAAGCAUCUAUGUUUUUCUUUCAGGACUGGUGAGGCUUACCGAUGCCGGGACCUUUGCCACAAGAACCCUCCCGUUCGGACACCGCGAGCUCUCCCAGCCAAAACUACCAGGCUCUCCUUGAAAUGCCAGCCCGCCAAUCUCUGCGCUCUUUUCGGGGGGUCUUUAAGCAGGCGGCUGUCCUUUACUUACUUUGCUUUUUGGGGAGUACUCUGGGUUCGGGCCCAAUUUCCGAGCUCGGAGCCCUCCCCCCGGACAGCACGCCAAAUACGCAUAACUAUUUUUAUUCUCUGAUCAUUAGUGAGUGUGAACUCGUGAAUCGAUGUUUUAUUAACAAGUUUCGGGAGGAUCACGUUCUAAUGAUCAAACAAUCAAGUCAGCCAGCUGUCAGCAAUCAGUAAUCAACUGGUUCACUCAAUCAGCACAAGUAAAGCCUAUAAAAA